CUAUCUCAAACAGCAGACCACAGCUCUGCAGUCUUCUUGUGACUUACGUGUGUCAGAAUGCUCAGAUCACUCGGUGUGGCCUGAUCUUGAAAAUUGACCAUAAUUCCCCAGCUGCGACAACGUGUGUAAAGUACAGGCAAACGGCUCCGGAUGAGUUUCGGUAGUGUUAGCUCAGUUAAGGAUCGCAACUCGGGAAGACCAUGGCGUUGACCCAAAACGAUAGCUUUAUGGACGGGUUUGUCCGGGAGAAGCGUGAUCCGAGAGUGACGGAUUGGUUUCUUAUGUCAAGUAUUUAUCCCACCUUGGCUCUCUCGGUGGCUUAUGUGGUUUAUGCUAAAAUCGUUGGUCCUUGGCACAUGAGGAAAAGUGAGCCAUGGAACGUGAAAACGCCGCUAAUGCUCUAUAACUUGCUUCAAAUCAUCGGGAACGUUUGGUUACUACAGCGCUACCUGAAAUUCGGAUGGUUGGCCGGCUACAAUCUGGUUUGUCAAGAUGUGGAACGAGAUGCGGAUCCGAGUUCGAACGGCUAUAAAAUGGCAGUGACAAUUUGGUGGGCCACCAUGUUUCGCUACUUGGACUUCAUGGAUACAUUCUUCUUCAUCGUCAAAAAAAAGUUUGGUCACGUGAACGCUCUCCAAACCAUCCAUCACUUCCUCAUGCCCAUUUAUGGCUGGAUCGUGCUCAACUAUGGACCUGGAGGCAAUUCUUUCGGCGGUAUGGUCAACACGGUUGUGCACACCAUUAUGUACUUCUACUACUUCAUGGCCGCCCUUGGGCCUCAAUAUCAGAAAUAUUUGUGGUGGAAGCGCUACCUCACAACCUUUCAAAUCGUUCAGUUCGUCAUCGGCUUCUCCAAGUCAAUCAUCGUAGCUUUGGGAUCGUGGAAUGUGGAUAUCCCUGGCAAGUGUCGGCCGUGACGAGCAUGAAUAUGGGACUGAUGUUCGUUCUCUUUGUUCAUUUCUACAUACAGUCCUACAUGUCAAAAGCUAGCUCAAAACAGAGAUCAGACUAAUAAGCGAUCUCCAUAUUCUAAUAUCAAUUCAGUGUAUUAAAUGUGCAGGAUAUUCACAUCA